AGAACAUUAUCAUUGCAAGUUCGCGACAUAACGUGGACAUCCUCAAUUCAGGGUUUAUAAAACCAAUACAAAUAGCUAGCUACCUAUAAGCGAAUGAAUGUUGUUUGUACAACUAUACUAGCAAUCAGUUAGUUAACGUUAAACUAGAGUCCAUGUCACCAGAUAAUAGUUAGCAUGUUAGGUUUAUCCAGAGAAUGCAUGCUAACUUAGUGGGAGGGACAGUGCAUUUGACAAGAACUGAACGCUGUUCUGAAAACAUCUGGCAUCGUACGAAUUACUAAAAGGACCAUUUAAUCAACGUUAGUUAGUUGUCACACACUUCAAUGACAUGGUUAGCAAGCUAAUGUCAGUUUAGCCACCGCACCGGCUGAACCUGACCAUUCACUCUGCACCACACACCAUCUGCGGCCUGCGGGUUAGCGCGCCCUUGCAAUGUUUGACAUGGCUCGUCAACGCAUACGGUGUACAUAUUUGUCAUAUAUGUGUACGACAGCACAAUGCUCAAAAUCAUGUUUUGAAAUAUACGUAAUUUUGCUAUUAAACGUUACCAUUGUGGGAGGAACACCAACGCGCUGGUCCUGGCGAACAUAAUUACUUCGAUGAAGGUCAGACUCGCAGGACUGCGCAAGCGCAAGUAAAUGGCAGGAUGUGGACGGAAAAACAAACCUCGCGUUACUUCAAAGUACACGUAAAAUGAUGACGAAAUACCAACGGAAGCGGCAGAUUUUUAGGAGGAAGGAGAAGUGCAUAACAACGUUUGAACGUGUUCGAGGCUUAUUUCGAAUUUAAAUAAUUUAUAUGUAGACGAUUAUUAUUUGACAUGGGGAAAGAGGGUUUUCUAAGCCCAAAGGCGAUCGGGAAUAGGAUCAAAGCAAAAGGUCUUCAAAAAUUGCGAUGGUAUUGUCAAAUGUGCCAGAAACAAUGUCGAGACGAGAAUGGCUUCAAAUGCCACUGCAUGUCCGAGUCCCACCAGAGACAGCUGCUGCUGGCCUCGGAGGACCCCAACAAGAUCAUGGACAACUUCUCACAGGAGUUCAAGAAUGACUUUAUUGAGCUGAUCAGAAGACGCUUUGGAACCAAGCGAGUGCAAAACAACAUUGUCUAUAACGAGUACAUCAAUGACCGAGAGCAUGUCCAUAUGAACUCCACCCAGUGGGAGACUCUCACUGAAUUCACCAAGUGGCUGGGGAAAGAGGGUUUCUGUAAGGUGGAUGAGACACCCAAAGGCUGGUACAUCCAGUACAUCGACCGUGACCCAGAAACCAUCCGGAGGCAGGAGGAGCUGGAGAAGAAGAAGAAGCAGGACCUUGAUGACCAGGAGCGCAGUGCCAAGUUCAUAGAGGAGCAGGUCCGCCGGGGCCAAGGAGGCAGGGAGCCAGAGGAAGCACCAGUUUUCACUGAGUUGAAGCGAGAAAGUGAAGAAGAGAAAAUUACCUUCAAUCUGGCCAAGGGCUCCUGUUCCUCUGCGGAUGGCCCAUCUAAAGCCAGUGUGGCCCUGGGUCCCAGUGCCCUGAAGGCAGCAGGAUCAGGGAAAAGGAAAGAUGCGCCCUCCACCUCAGAAGCCAAAGAGAAGAAGAAGAAGUCGGCCCUGGAUGAGAUCAUGGAGAUGGAGGAGCAGAAGAAGAGGUCUGUGAGAGCGGACCACUGGCUGCACCCCGGCAUCGUAAUCAAAGUUGUUACCAAGAGACUGGGGGAGAAAUACCACAAGAAGAAAGGAGUCAUCAAGGAGGUGCAGGAUAAAUACACGGCCGUAGUGAAGAUGAUUGACUCAGGGGACAAACUGAAACUAGACCAGAGUCACCUGGAGACGGUCAUCCCUGCACCAGGUAAACGGGUCCUGGUUCUGAAUGGUGUGUACAGAGACACAGAGGCCCUACUGGACUCCAUAGACGAGAGAAAGUUCAGUGCCACCCUCACACUUGACUCGGGUCGGAUGAAAGGGAGGAGGGUGGACGGGAUCGCCUACGAGGAUUUCUCCAAAAUGGCCUGAUCUAUCAUGACUUCCGUUACAUGACAGCGUAACCCAAGAGCCCCUACCCUUCCACUGAGAGGCCCAUCAGCUGAGAGACUCUACUGUGUCAGAGUUACCCUCUGUAAAUAUCCCAGAAUGCAUUUUCUAUGGAGGUAUCACUUCCUGAGUUAGCCGAGUAAUGAUUGGGGAGGGGGGGGGGGGUUGUAUUUUUAUUUUGUAUUGUUAUUAAAUGGUUCUCUACAAAUACAUUUUAAUGUUGUAAUAUUACUUAUUGAAUGAAGUACAACACAAUUGACCUAUGAAUUGAUUGAAAAACAUUUGUAUUUUGCCAUGUAAGAUGAGGUCUGAGAAAUACAACAGUCAUUGGAAGGUUCUGGUUAAGACGUCUGUGUGUGUGUGUACAUAAAGUUCAAAGCCGACAGUGUAGUCUUCAUGAAAAUAAAGAAACAUUCACACAGCUAUA